GCAUGUACCAUUUUAACGUGCCAUCGCCGUGGGCCCCUCCAAGCCGCGCGACCGAAAUGCAGCCGCGACAAACUCCGAUGCGCUAAGUCUGCACUUUAAACCCCAGACCGUAUUUUUUUUUCGCGGGGGUUUGGGUUUUGGACCGAGGCUCGUGUCGUCACCCCAUCGCAGUUGCACGCGGCUCGAAAUAAAGCAACUGUCUGUAUCGACACACCACACCCAUUCAUUACCGUUACUUCUUAUUUUCCGCCUGUCUAUAUUUCCAAGGCCGCGUGUUAUCGAACACAAAACUCAUCACUAAACAAAAACCGAAGGCAACAUUUUAAAGCCAGCCAAAUACCUUACUGCUGCCACCACGUUUACAAUUACCAUCUAAAAUCAACAACGACCCGUCAAAUUAACACGACACUUAAUGCCACACAAUUCCUAGCCCAUGCAAUGUACUCCGCAACGCGGCGAUGGCUUCGCCGCAACAGAACUCCCAUUGCUGUCGGCGCCGGCGUUAUAGGCGCAGGCUAUCUCGUCUCCCGGUAUGUGAUGGGUAAGAUCAAUGACGCGCGAGAGCGGAUGAGUAGCGACCGCAUCGCCAAAGAGAAUCUCCGACGACGCUUCGAGCAAAACCAAGAAGACUGCACCUUUACCGUGUUGGCGUUGUUGCCUACCGCUACCCAAAAUGUUCUCGAGGCCAUGGACACAGAGAAGAUCACGUACGAGAUCCAGCAGUUGAAGGCCAGGCCAGCAGGACCACCGAGCAUAGCCGACACCACCCUCACCGAAGAUGACGGCCGCAGCGUCUCUGCCUCUGGUCCAGCAAGUAGCGCGCUGGCUACCGAAUCUGACCCCCAACCACAGGCCGCAGAAGCCGCCGCCCCCGCGAACGCCUCUCGCAAGACCAAGCGCCAGCUAUGGGACGACCUGGCUAUAAGCUCCAUCGCCAGGGCGUUUACCCUCCUCUAUGUUCUCGCUCUGUUGACCAUGCUCACGCGCAUUCAGCUCAACCUUCUCGGCCGCCGGAGCUACUUAUCAAGUGUCAUCACUCUGGCUACGGGAUCUGCCCAGGCUUCCAUUGGACUGGAGAACAACGAUGACGACAGCCCAGAUGUUGUCUAUGGCAGCGACUUUGACGUGAACCGAAGGUACCUGACUUUCAGCUGGUGGUUGCUCAACAAAGGCUGGGCUGAACUCAGGGACCGCGUGGAGGUCGCUGUUCGGGGCGCAUUUGGUCACCUCAGCCCACGUGAUGAGCUUUCUCUCGACAUGUUUGGCAGGCUCACGAAGCAGGUUCGGGAUGAGGUUGAGGCCGACGUCAAGUGGCUGGCGUUUCUGCUGCCACCGCGAGACCAGGAGGACUCUGUGCUUGCAGAGUCGGGCAUCUUGGGUGAGUCCGAGACGGCCGCCGGCGCAGACGGAAGCAUGAUUGUUGUCCAGUCGCAGUCCCCUGUUGUCCCACCGCCACUGCGUCGCCUGCUGGACGAGACUUCGGACAUCAUUGACUCGCCUGCAUUCUCCCACGUGCUCGCAAAGAUCCUCGACGCCGGAUUCUCGACCCUAAUGGAGGGCGAGCUCGCCCAAUCUGUCUUCGGCUCGGGAGGCGUCCCCAAGCCAACAGUACAGCUACCAAAGGUGCUGUCAUGCCUGACGCGUCAGGCGCAUGCCGUUGGCAACGGCAUGCCCAACAAGUACCUACAGGCCAUGGAGACGGUGCGCGAGCUUGAGGGCUUCGCGGCCGUUGUGUAUUCUAGCAACUGGCAGAACGAGAUGCGGGACGACGAGGGUGACGCCAUGGCUGGGAGCGCAGCCGUCAUCGUGCCACCCACCGCAUCCUUCGAAGCUGCUUGGAAUCGGGCUGUGGAAGGCCGGCAGGCAUCAUAGGAUCGCAUCCUGUGCUCUUCUCCAAUACCGUCUGAUUGUUUUCCUGGAUUUUACUCAGGCAUCCUGUAUUAUAUUACUGUAAUUCCUUGGGUACGGAUCACGAUGGCUUCAUAGACCUAGGCUAUAAGCCCAUGAAAUAAAAACGCUUGAGCUCUAGUGA